GCGCCAGUUCGGCGCCGACAGCGGCCUGCACGGGGUGCUGGUCCGGUUCCGGUAACUUCACCUGCACUCCAUCGCUGACUCGCGAGUCGCAAGCAAAAAUGGACGAGUUCUCGUCCCCUUACAUCCAAUUCGAGGGUGGCGCAAAGCCGCGGCCGGCCGGCCUCAGCUCCGGCGGCACCGCACCGCGGGUCAGCGCCAGCGCACAGCCUCCGCCUCCUCCCUCGGCGACGCAUGCCCGCGGCAGCCGGGAGUCGUUGGCCGACGGCGGCGCGCGGCGGCGUGGCGCGUUCGCGCGGGCGUGCAGGUGGUGCUGCGGCAAGCGCGAGCCAGAGGCACGCCACAUCCGUCUCAACGCCACCCGGCCGACGCCGCGGCGGUACGCGAGGAACCUCGUGGUCAACACGAAGUACUCCUUCUUCAGCUUCGUGCCGAAGGUGCUGUACGAGCAGUUUUCGCAGUUUUUCAACCUCUACUUCCUCGUGGUCGCCCUCUCGCAGCUCUUCCCGCCUCUCCAGAUCGGGCUCCUCUUCACCUACAUCGCGCCGCUCGCGUUCGUGCUGGCCGUCACCAUGUGCAAGGAGGGCUUCGACGACUACAAGCGGUACCGCACCGACCGCGAGAUCAACACGGAGCUGUACACCCGCCUCACGCCCGGCGGAGGCGACGUCACCGUCGCCGCGCAAGACAUCUCUGUCGGGCAUGUGCUGCGGGUGCGUGCCAACCAGCGCGUGCCUGCCGACCUGCUGCUGCUGCGCACCAAGGAGUCGUCCGGCAUACUCUUCCUGCGCACGGACCAGCUCGACGGAGAGGAGGAGGCUGGGAGCUGCGCCUCGCGGGGGACCAGCCAUCGGAGGGAAAGCCGUCAGGCUCUCGCCGAGGCGAGCGGCGGCGUGUACGCGCCCGAGCCGACCGCCGACAUCUACGCGUUUGAGGGCGACCCUCGCCCGGGGCCGAAACGGACCUCAGGCCAAGCUCACCUCGCCCCCGCCCCGCCAGGCGACCUCACCCUCUCCGACUCGGAGGGCGACGCCACCGAGCCGCUCUCGCUCGACAACACUCUCUGGGCGGGGACGGUCCUCGCCUCGGGCGAGGCGCUCGCGCUCGUCCUGUACACGGGCACCGACACGCGCGGCGCGAUGAACUCGGCGCCGCCCCGAUCCAAGGCGGGCUCGGCUCUCGCCAAGGAGUGUCAACCUCCUCGCAAAGGCGCUCCCUCUGAAGCACGCGCCGACGAGUCAACCUCUCACCCGCCCGGCUGCUCUGCAAAGGUGCUCUUUGGUCUCACGGCGUCGACCGCGCUGGCGAUGGUCGCCGUGCCCUUCAUCCAGCGGGCCGCCUCCUCGCGGCUGGCGAGCGCCGAGAUGUCGCAGCAGCUGCUGCAGGCGCUGGAGCGACGCGCGCUGCUCGACUUUUGCCGCUUCCUGCUCCUCUUCUCCUCCAUCAUCCCGAUCUCCCUGCGCGUCGCGCUCGACAUGGCGAAGCUCGUCUACAAGCUGCAGAUGACGUCUGACGCGCGCAUGCCCGGCCUGCAGGUCCGCUCCUCCACGCUGCCCGAGGAGCUCGGCGGCAUCGACUUCCUCCUCACCGACAAGACGGGCACCCUCACGCGCAACGAGAUGCUCUUCCGCAAGCUCCACCUCGGCUUCGCCUUCCUCUCGCCCCAG